ACCAGGCGUAUUCUUGCCUCCCUCGAUCACAUCAUAUGACUCCACACAGGAAGAGGAAACAAACUUCCCGUCCGGGACAGGACUCAAAAGAAGCGGUCGCACAGGAUUGUCUCUUAUCUCCGAUCACUUGUCCGUCAUUUAAACUUGACUUGACAGCUCCCGAGUGAGGGAGAGACAAGGAAAAGUUUUACGGCUGAGUUCGCCCCUCCUUCCUGCUCCCCAUGUGCAACAGGCAGGAUGAUGAGUACAGCUUGACGGGCUUCAGCAGUAGCAGAAUCGUCAACAUGGGCAUCAAGAAUGACACUGCAGGAGAGGACGAUGGCGAGCGGCGUCUCAUCAAAUCGCCAUCAUCGGACACCCUGUCCCGGAACCCCCCCACGCAGCCCUUUGUCUACCUUCUGGCCUUCUUCUCAGCCCUGGGUGGCUUCCUCUUCGGCUAUGACACCGGCGUGGUGUCGGGAGCCAUGCUACUCCUCAAGCGAGAGAUGAACCUCAACACUAUGUGGCAGGAGCUGGUCGUCUCCAGUACGGUGGGGGCAGCGGCCAUCUCCAGCCUGAGUGGUGGCUUCCUCAAUGGGCUACUGGGGCGCAAGAAGUGCACACUGCUGGCCAGCUUCAUCUUCACCUUUGGCGGGUUCUUCAUGACGUUCGCACCCAACAAGGAGGUACUGCUGGUGGGCAGGAUCAUUGUUGGCCUGGGGAUUGGCGUGGCCUCCAUGACUCUCCCCGUGUACAUCGCCGAGGUGUCGCCCCCUCACAUGCGAGGCCAGCUGGUCACUGUCAUCACCGUCCUUAUUACCGCCGGACAGUUCAUUGCCUGUGUGGUGGACGGCGCCUUCAGUUACAUGAAACACGAUGGCUGGAGGUACAUGUUGGGUCUGUCGGUGCUGCCCUCCAUCUUGCAAUUCGUGGGCUUCCUCUUCCUGCCAGAGAGCCCCCGUUGGCUUCUGCAGAAGGGCCGGCAAGAGGAGGCCCGCCAGGUCCUGAGUCGCAUCCGAGGCUGCCAGGACGUGGAUGAGGAGUUCGACUACAUCAGGACCAGCAUUGAAGAGGAGGAAAAGGAGCUGAGGGGAGGCGGGAUCAUUUUUCUGCGCAUCCUCGGCCAUGGGCCCACCCGCAGAGCUCUGAUCGUUGGCUGCGGCCUUCAGAUGUUCCAGCAGCUGACGGGCAUCAACACCGUCAUGUAUUACAGUGCCACCAUUCUGCAGAUGUCAGGUGUCCGCGAUGAGAGGCGGGCCAUCUGGCUGUCGGCCGUCACCUCCGGGACCAACUUUGUGUGCACAUCCCUCAGCAUUUGGCUUGUGGACAGAGUUGGGCGCAGAAAGCUAACGCUGGCCAGCCUCACUGGUACCGCUCUGAGUCUCAGCGUUUUGUCACUCGGCUUCUUGCUGGCAGCUCAGUACUCUCCCCCUGUUACACUCCAUCCGCUCGACUCCCACAACUCCUCCUGCGCAAAAUACGGUUACUGUGGAGACUGCAUGUUGAAUCCCGCUUGUGGCUUUUGCUACCACGAGAACGGCAGCAGUGUUUUUGACUCCACCUGCCUGCCCGUCAAUCCAAAGACCACCGAGCACUCGGCGUGGGGAGGGUGUGCCAACCAGACGGAGACGCUAGAAGGUCCAUUCUGGGCCUACAACUUCUGCCCUACGACUUACUCUUGGGUUGUACUGAUGGGUCUCCUCCUCUACCUGACUUCUUUUGCUCCAGGAAUGGGUCCCAUGCCGUGGACUAUCAACUCUGAGAUCUACCCACUGUGGGCCCGCAGCACUGGAAAUGCUUGCUCAGCCGGAGUCAACUGGAUCUUCAACGUCGUCCUGUCACUCACCUUUCUUCACAUCGCAGAGCUCAUCACCUAUCAAGGCAUCUUCUUCGUAUACAUGGGUUUCACCGUGCUGGGCCUGCUAUUCGCUUUCGGGUGCCUGCCCGAGACGCAGGGCCUGCAGCUGGAGGACAUUGAGACCCUGUUCACGGGACCUUUGUGCUCCUGUGGCACCUCCUCACACCUCACCAAUCGGAACAUCCAGUACAUCCGGAAAAGUCCGGAAUUCAGCCCAGUGGACAACGGGAAGGUGGGCUUGGAAAAUGACAUAGCCUAUAUCACUGUAAGUAAAAAUGAAUUCCCCCCCCCAAAAUAAAAAAGCACAAUGUUGUAUUGAAGCGCCUUGGCAAAGGUAGAACCACAUUUAAUUCCUUCGCUCUGUCGUUUUUUCUGAAAUGUGUCUUUUUUUUUUUCCUCCCACCCCACAGCUGAAAUGACCAACUUUCUAUACCGAGCACCUUUUUGCGACACAUCCUUCACUUUGCUUUGGCAUGUAGAAGAGUGCCUUUAGGGUAUCCAGUCGAACUCACUUGAUGAGAGGUUAUGUCAGGGGUGAGCAAACUAUUGUGCUUGAGGGCCACAUCGCAUUUUUAAAUGGGACAGAUGGGCAAUGUCAUUUAUAGAGAGGGUGAAUCAUAGAAGGUAAAAUAUGUAUAGAAAUAGUUUAAACGGUUGUUAAACAAUUACUUAAAUGUUUUUUAAAAAAAUAUGUAACAUUGUACUUUUUGAUUGUAAUACAAGUAAAUAAAUCAACGAAUUAUUUCAUGAGGUAAAUUAACAAAACAGGAAUACAUCCAUUUUGAUUAGGGGGAACAUAGAUGAAUACAAACUAUUGCAGGACUCUUGAUAAUGUACAUUUUUAUAGAAUUAAGUGAGCGCGAGGUGGCCGACCUGACAUACUUUGCUCACUUAUGUGAUGAAGGAUUUCCUUUUUCUUUCAAACACUGGGACUGCAGUGGCAUACAAAUGUCUUCCGUGAAUUUUUGAUCAUCUUUCUUUUGGUAUGUUCAGUUACCAAGUUAGAUUGCACGUUUGGUUUGCAUCUCUGGUCAUCGAUGCCAGUGAAGAAAUUAUUAUGAAAGAGACUGAUAAAUUCUGAAUGUAUACUAUUUAUAGUACACAUUAAAUGGCUAAUAUUGAUAAUCUAGUGGCUCACAUAGCUGAGUUCACUGGAGGUUAAUAGGAAAAAAAUAUGGGGGAGGGGGCUGGUCUAAGACUUGCACAGUUAUGUAUGGUAAAUUCUGAUAGAUUCAUGAUGGGAUUUAUUUUAAAUUGAAUGAUAUUUAUGUACGUUGUCGCUGUCCAAUAAAAUGUAACAUUUUUUUGUUGUUUUACCCCCCAUCUUUGGAUAAAAUUAAAACAUUUGCAAGAUAUAAUAAUAAUAAUACAUUUUAUUUGAAAGCGCUUUUCAUCACACUCAAAGACACUUUACAAGAGCUUAAAACACAGGAUAAAAAUGUGCACUUAAAACAAGCAUACAUAAUUUACAAAAGCACAUUUAGAUGAACAAAAAGCAAAAUGGGUGAAAGAGAUUAAAAGCAUUGCGGAACAGAUGGGUUUUAAGGGAUGAUUUGAAGGAUUGGAGGUCAGUACAGUUGCGCAUGUGUUGUGGUAGAGCGUACCAGAGGGUGGGGGCAGCGACAGAGAAGGCUCGGUCCCCCAGGUUUUGAGCUUGGUCACGGGAAUGGCAAGGUUUGUGUUUGAGGAGCGGAGAUUGCGGGAAGGAGUGUAUUGAUAAAGAAGGUCGGAAAGAUAGGAGUACUUUUCAUUGGCCAGCGACACAGUGAUUUAAUUAUAUCAAAUAUGGUCACACAGUGUAAUAUGUUGUUGAGUUAUUCUUGUUGAAUUUUGUUUUUGGUGACAUUGAAGUUGCUUGAAAACCAAACUUUUUUUAAAAAUUUGUGUAGUACUUGUAAAGUUCUUGUUCUUGAAAGGAAAUAAAAAUUUAAGUUCCUAUAAGAUGUGAAUUUCUUCCUCCCCCAUUUUACCAGUUUUUUUAACCUCCCGUGUACAAAUGAAUGAAUUUUACCAUACUAAACGAUCCUUUGUCUAUUUCAUCAAAAUGGCGUCACACAUCGCAGACACAAGAUGUCGCCAAAACUCCACGAUACCCCCGAUACCAAAUUGAAACCUUGAAAACCCGAACCUCCUGUACUGUAAUGUGUUUAUCUCUUUGCAUGCUUGUGCAUGCCUCCAACAACACUAAGCAACCGCGGGAAAAUCUUGUCAGAACAAUGUACGCGUCAAGGGAGCAAAAACGCACGCGUGAAAACAAAUAAAGGUCAUCAAAAAACUUAAAAACACCUCCUGUUAUGACGUCGUUAGCAUUUAUCGUGCACACAAUGAAAGUGGACGUUUGAAUUCGUAAUUGCAUGCAUGUAUUUUUAUUGAAACAAGUACAGUAGAAGCUUUAAGUCAUUCAAAAAUAACGUUUAAUAAAUCUAAAUAGUUUAUCCAAAGACACCAAAUGUGUGGUCCGCUGGUUAUGACGAUACGAGAAGGGGCGCGGCUUAGUGACGCAUUGCGGUUACCUCCCCGCCCGCUGGCGUCCUCCACACAGCGCGUGCGUGCGGUUGCGUGCAAACCACACGUUUGUUUGCGUGCGCGUUCACGCUGGACGUGCUGGUCCAAGUAGCCUGUUACUGGUCCUGGCUGUGGCUUGCGCACGCGCGUGAAUGCAUCCGCGGCGUAUGCGCAGGUAGAA